GCAGCAGCCUGACUGCACAACUCACCAAACGCCAGGAGGGGGCGCCCGCGGCCGUGGGGGCGAUCUCGCUAGAGCGGAAAGGCGGCUCUGGCUGAAGCAGGGGCCGGGGUCAUGUGACGUAGUGUCGGCCUGUUCCUCGCAUUGAGGGCGGCAGAGGCGCGGGGUGACUGGAGAGAAUGGCUCACUCUGGUAAUCCGAACCCGGUGCCAAAACUUUACAAGUCCAUUAUUGAAGAUGUUAUUGAAAGCGUGUCUGACCUUUUUGCAGAAGAAGGCAUAGACGAACAAGUUCUUAAAGAUCUAAAGCAAUUGUGGGAAACCAAACUUAUGCAGUCCAAAGCUACAGAAGGUUUCUUCAGGGAUAACAAUACUAUGCCUCAGUUUCUUCUUCAGCUGCCGCAGCAUUUACAUCAGUCCCUUCACACGUCUGCAGUUUUUCAAGGCGGUAGAAACAUUUCAAGUUUUACUGGAGCGGACAUGAAUUCAACUAGCUCAAGCAGCACAUUUACUUUACCGCCUGGUAUCACCUAUCCCAUCCACCUACCAGCUGGAAUGACUGUGCAGACGGCAUCUGGUCAACUUUACAAAGUCACUGUGCCAGUAAUGGUAACGCAGGCCCCUGGAGCACCAAGACUGCUUCAGCAGCCGGUUCCGCAGUACUUUCACCACAUUAACCAGCCCCCCAGAUCAGCCACAAGCAGCCAGUUCGGUGGGAGUGUCCAAGUCGUGCAAAAAUGUCAACAACAGCAAGUGGCUCACGUUAGCAGGCCGCCCGAGGUCACAAGUACAUACGAGUCCGUUAAACCUCUGGACGACACUUUUGGGAAUGCUAAUGGAGAGUCGUUUAUUCAGCAGACUGUUGAUAUGCAGAAGCAGCCACUUGCACGUAAUGUGCUUAAUCAGCCAUUGAAUAGUUUAACAGAAAAUAAUUUGAAUGAUAUGCUACCAUCGCUGUUUAGUCCAAAGCAGACUGAAUUAACCUUGGCUGAUAACGCUGGUUCUGUGCUCAAUAACUUAAACAUGGCUCAGACAGUUCAAGGGCAGCCAGCAAAUGAGUGCACAAGCCUCUUAAAAUCACAGGUUGCUGACAGCGUCGUUGAGCUGAUAUUAUUUGGUGAUGAUGAUGACGAUGUGAAUAAAAAUACAACCCCGGACAACAGCGGCAUAAGUGUAUCCGAUAAGGUGCCUGCAGUGAAGAAACUGGUAUCUCUCAGUGACAGCGAUAUCAUUCAGGUUGAUGGAGCAGGAGACACCUCCUCUGACGAAGAGCUUGGAGCUGUGAAAGAGGUCGAUGAGAAUGAGUUUCUUGGGAUUAUUGAUACAGAAGACCUUAAAGCUCUGGAAGAGGAGGAUUCUGGGUCAAACGAUUCAACUAGCAAUAGUAGUGAUGAUGAAGAUCCAGAGAUUGACAUCAUUGAAGAGGAUCCUUUAAAUUCUGGAGAUGACGUGAGCGAACAGGAAGUUCCAGACCUGUUUGAUACGGACAACGUCAUAGUGUGCCAAUAUGACAAGAUCCACCGAAGUAAAAACAAGUGGAAAUUCUACUUAAAAGAUGGAGUCAUGUGCUUCGGAGGAAAAGACUAUAUUUUCUCGAAAGCAAUUGGAGAAGCUGAAUGGUGAAGCUAUGGAAGGAGAGCACACUUCUAUGCUUUGGUCCAGUAAACUUUUGUUGUUCAUUGUAAGAGGGUACUCACCCUGGCACUAUGUAUUUUUGAUGUCAACAGUAUGUUUUGGCGUUGAGCGCCAUAUUUUUUAUUUUAUUCCAGUUAGAAUGGUAUCACAAAAUGAAAUACUGUUUUUGUUUAGUAAUGAUUGUAUCUAAAAAGACACACGUCUUCAGCGUCAGAGUGCAGGCUGGAAGUGUAUGAAAUAUAUGUUAAAGAUUCCUCCUUUUCAGAGUGAAGCCAAACUGUCAGCUGCUGAGGUAAUAAAUUAUUAGCUUCCAUGUUAAUCUGGAAAUGAA